AUGGUAAGGUCUACUCGUGAGGUCAACCUUUGUAUUGAUCAACAAAAUAUAAAAGGUGAGAUGGGUCCAUCAAAGCUAGCAAAUGCAAAGAAAAGAUUGAAGGUUUUGAUGUUACAGCAAGUCACAACAAUGGUGAUUGAGGUUGACCUUGGAUGUGAGAAAUGCCACAAGAAGAUCAAGAAAGUACUGUGUAAAAUCCCUCAAAUUCAGAAUCAGAUAUAUGACAAGAAGGCAAACACGGUGACAAUCACUGUGGUAUGUUGCAGUCCUGAAAAGAUCAAGAAAAAGAUAUGCUGCGAAGGAGGUGAAGCUGUCAAAGGCAUUGAGAUCAAGGUGCCUGAAAAGAAAAAACCAGAAGAGCAGCCAGAUCCAAAACGUAAACCUGAUCGUGAUCCUGAUCCUGUUCCUGCUCCACUACCUUCUAAACCCGUCCAUGUUAUUAUGGCUAUGGUAGGCCAACACCCCAAUGUUACGAACCUUAUGGAAGGCCAGUGUACAAUAGCUGGGGUGGUGGCAGUUGUAGUUGCCGAGGUAGGGGUUAUUAUGUGUGUAGAUGUGAAUAUGUUUGUGAAAAUAAUCCCUCAUCAUGCACAAUCAUGUAAAGGGAAAGGAAAAGGGAAAGGGAAAGCUUGGAAUACCUAA